AUGGAGGAUACGCCAUUGCUUCGUCGUCUUAAUGGGCGCCCUCAAGCCUGCGACCCUUGUCGCGCACGCAAAGUUGCGUGCGAUCACGAUCAGCCCACCUGCUCGCGGUGCAGGAAGAGGAAAGAAACAUGCGUCUACACCGUCACCGAGCCAAGGACAGCCAAGAGACAGCGACUCCGACCUCCCUCGAGCUCCUCUACAACACCGUCGCCGUCUGCGCCUGGGUAUCUCGGCUUCACCAGUCACAAUGCCGUGUUUGAGGAGACGCGCAAUAGUCUGAGUCUUGUCCAUGGACCGCCUGUUGAGGUUGAGGCUGGGGUUAGGAGAGGGCCGAGGGUGAGGGCUUGUUUGAUUGAGAUGCCGUUUCCUUUGAAGGAGAUGUGUCUCAUUGUUCUCAGAAACCUCCCGAAGCCGAACGAUGAUGUCUUGGCCCAUCGGCUGCAUUGUCGGGCUGAUGACUGGAUCAUCACUUGUGUGAAGAGGACCAUCGAGGCACUCCACGAGUGCUGGGGCGAGCAUCUCAGUAGCCGGGAUGACCUACGGCUCGAAGAGAUGGGCCUCGCAAUCUGCAACAACACGGCCCGGCCUGUCCACGAUGAGCACAUUGGCAGUGCGGAGUGGAUGGAUCAGUUCUCGGGUUCGAAUAUUCGCUGGGAAUCACUCGGGUUGAUCUGGACGUACUGGGAUGGGUCUCCCGGGUCGAACCCGCAGAAUAUUGUUUCGUGUUUGGGGUAUUGCAUCGAACUUACGAGGAAUUUUACUACGGGUAAUGAUGUUUUGCUUUAUCUUUGUUAUCGGAGAGCAACGAUCGAGUCUCUGAUCACAGGAGAUGCAGGUCUGCUGUGUUGGCGAUAUCACGCAGAUACCGUCUCUCUGAUGACUUUCCUGGGACUGCACGCAGCAUUUGACAACCCGAAUUACGUUCCGACGCUGAGCACAGAGAAUAAACGCCGAAUAGCUGCCCGCAUCUUUACAAUCGACAAGGUCAUGGUGUCAUUCACAGGACGUCCACCCCUCCUCGGCCGUCGCUACUUUUCGACUCCUCUCCCCCUGGAUAUAAGCGACGGCGAGUUGCUGGCCGAUCAGGAAACUUUGACGCGUGCGGUGCAGGCAUUGGAUGAGCAUGGGUGGAAUAGGAAUGGCGAGUUGCACUCUGCUACUCUCACACGGGCUCGCGUGCAGAUUGCCGUUAUCAAGGAUGAGAUGCUGGAGAUUGCACUUGAGAAUAGCUCAAAGGUGUCUAUCGACAGUCUUCUUGAGGUGAAAGCCCGAGCUGAACGAACUGUAGACCAGUUCCCCCAAUCCCUCAUCUACCGCACCGAGGACUUGAGUGAUCCUGAUGCCGAUAUAGAGAUCAUCUACGCGAGGAUUCUCGUUAGGCUGGAGCACCUUCAGAAUCUCUUCUUUGCGGAACGAUUGCUGCUGCGCCUUGGACGUGUGGAUGAUAGCCGGUUGCUUGUCAUCAGCUUCGAGAUGGUGACGCUUACGCUUGUGUUUUGGACGCAUCAGGAUCGGUUUGCGGGAGUUAGAAGGGACUUUGAAUGGCUGUUAAUGGCCUACGCUGCCCCCGGAGGAGGCAUCCUCUGCCUCGAGCUCCUCCGCCCGACAUUCCAUGGCACACAUCCAGAUUGUCCCAAAUUGAGCCGGUCAGCGAUAAUACAGAAACUCAGCCUUCUCAUCGGGUUCCUCGACUGGGUCCGACCUCCGGCUCCCAACGCUGAUCUCUGCGCCGACUGCAAGGCUGUCAUCCAGGGUGUUCUGGAUCAUAAUCUGAAUGCUCCCAUCGCGGGUGGAGGAGCUUUGGAGACGCUUGAUUGGGAGUUUCCAAUGCAGCUCGACUUCAACUUUGAUCUGUUGGAUACUUUCGAUUGGUUACGAGCUGAGUAG